AUGGAAGUUGAGGAGAAAACGUCGCCGGUAAUUGACAGCACGGCUGAAAAUAAUGGGAAAAAAGGGAAAAUUAUGACAUUGUUGUUUCCAGCUGAAUCCCAGCAACCCGUGGAGGGAAAAGAUGGUAGAAAAGAUAAAAAUCGACCUCAGAUGAAGGUUGUUAUCAGGAGAUUACCACCUAAACUAACGAAAGAAGCCUUUUGUGAAGAGUUUUCACCUUUGCCACCACAUGAUUACUUUCAUUUUGUUCGAGGAGAUUUAAAUUUAGGAUCGCAUGCAUUUUCCAGGGCUUACAUUAAUUUUAUUAAUCAAAAAGAUAUAUUUUCUUUUAAAGAAAAAUAUGAUGAUUACGACAUUCAAGAUGACAAAGGUAGGACUUACCAUGCAGUUGUCGAAUUUGCUCCUUUUCAAAAAAUUCCUAAAAGAAAAGUUUUGAAAAAAAAAUCAUCCAAAGCUGGAACAUUAGAAUCGGAUCCAAAAUAUGUCGAAUUUCUACAUAAACUGGAAGAAUCUAAAAAUUUUAUAAAUAAUCCAUCUGAAUAUUUUCACGAGACGGAAAAUCCGGCUUUGAAAGCGAAAGUCAUAACUACACCACUCCUUGAAUUUUUGAAAAAGAAAAGACAAAAAAAAAUUGAUCUCAGAAAUGAAAUAAGACAAAGGAAAAGAGAAGCUGAAAAAAGGAGAAAAGAAGAGGAUAAAAGAAAAAUGGAUAGGGAAAAAAAAAAAGAAGAGAAAAAAAGUGUGGAGAGAAGUAAAACGGGAGACGAAAGAGGAGAAAAAAUGGAUGAAAAGGUUAAAGAGAAAAAAAUUGAUGAUCGCGGACGUUACAAAGAUGAAAAAAAAGAUUCAAAGAAUAAAAAAAAUUUAGAAAAUGAUUCAUUAUCGGAGGAAAAAUUGGAUUCUGUGAUUCCAAACGAUCCAGCUAUAUUAGAAGUGGUCGUUAGACGUUCUUCUGAUAAGGAUGGAAAAUCUGGUGGAGCGAAAACGAUAUCGAAAAAUGUUGAAGAAACAAAGAGUUCAAAAGCAACAAAUGAAAAUGAAGGAAAUGUCGGAAAACCGGAAAGGAAAUAUUCAGAUUUUCGCAGCGGUCGGAUGGUAGAAGAAAAACAGCGUAAAACAUUUUAUAAAAGAGAUGCAGACGAUGGUAAAAUAGUCAAAACUCAAAUGGGAAAUCGAAAAGGGGUGCCCGAUGAAAAGGGUGACAAUUACAACAUCGGAUACUGUUCGGAUUUGAAAGAACCGAAAAAUUCGGAUUUGGAUACCGAAUCGAAACGUCACGAGUUGAAAAACGAAGUCAAAGAAACGAAAAGUAAAUUCAGGUACUCGGAACAGAGAAAUCGCGACCGGGAAUACCGUCAGAAAACGUCGGAUUUUAAAAAUCCAAAAGAAAUAAAUAAUUUCAGUUCGGAAUUGAGUAAUAAAACGAAGGAUUCCGUCGAUAAGGGAAUAUCAAGAGUUGGCAACAGCUUGAAAGAAGUAGAAGUUAAAAGUAAAAAUUUUAAUCUAGAAGAUGGUGGUGGUGGUGGUGGUGGCAGCAGCAACACCGCAUCCGAUUUAGAAUCGGAAAAGGAAACGAUACAAUCACGUCCGAACAGGAGGAAAUCAUUGGAAAUGGAACGAUCCGUCAUUGAUUCCGAUAGGAGAAGAAGUAAAUCCGUACACGAUGUGAGCAACAAAGAUUUUCAUUUCGACGAUGAUAAAAAGGUUGAAAAAUUCAGGUUGGAGAAAGAAAGAGAUGUAAAUACUCCCGACAAGGAUUCCGUUCAAACGGAUGACAAUUCGAAAGAAAGCACGGAAUCGGAUAAAAUGGACGACGAGUCGAAAAAAGCCGAUCCGAGAGCGGAAAGAAGAAUAAGAAACAAGGAUCGACCUUCAAUCGAAAUAUACCGGCCGGGAAUGGGAAAAUUCAGCAAGCAAAGGUUAGAGCAAAAAAAAGACGAUUCAAAUGGUUCGAGUCCCACGGGAACUCCUUUUUCGAACAAAUCAUCAAAUCGUUUCGGUUAUAAAACGAAUAAAAAAAAUCAAACGGAUAAUUUGAAAAAUGUCGGAUACAAAAGUGAGGAUUCGACGACGACACACAAAGGCUCAUCAGAAGGAAAUGGAAAAUCCCAUGGCGAAGUUCGAACUAUGACGUUUACAAGAAGUUGCAGUAAAGAAAAUUGA